AUGGCCACUUGGGAGGAUCAGGCGGGUUCCGAUCCUGCUCUAUUAUCUUCCUUCUCGAAUCUUGACGUAAAUGCUCCUGAAUUUGAACCUGGUCAGCCUUUUGUCUUUAAAUCUCAACCAAAUGCAGCUGCUCCGCUCCCCACUAAUGGUGAUGAGCCUGUCGUCCCGUCAUCUACGUCAGACGAAAAGCCGGAGCCCGUUGGGGAAGCUGGAGAACCAGCGGAGGAGGAAGUUGAAGGAUCUAAACCUACAUUCGUAGAACCGGAUACCCGGAAGGAAACCAUAAAUCUCGUAUUCAUUGGCCAUGUGGAUGCUGGAAAGUCAACCAUAGGUGGUCAUAUUUUGUAUCUCACAGAUAUGGUGGAUAAACGCACCUUGGAGAAGUACGAACGUGAGGCUAAGGAAAAAAACAGAGAAACGUGGUAUUUAUCUUGGGCUCUAGAUACCAAUGCUGAAGAGCGAGAGAAAGGAAAAACAGUUGAAUGUGGUCGUGCCUACUUCGAAACAGAGAAGAAACGCUUUGUCUUGAUUGACGCACCAGGACACAAGUCGUUUGUGCCGAAUAUGAUUUCCGGGGCAGUAGUCGCUGAUCUCGCCAUAUUGGUAAUUUCCGCUCGGCGUGGAGAGUUUGAGUGUGGUUUCGAGAAAGGAGGACAAACGCGGGAGCACGCCGUCCUUGUCAAAACAGCUGGUGUGAAAUACUUAAUCGUCGUCGUUAAUAAGAUGGACGAUCCUACUGUGAUGUGGGACCAGACACGAUAUAAUGAAUGCAAAGACAAAAUUGCUCCCUUUCUUAAGAGCGUUGGUUUUAACGUCAAGACGGAGGUGUUCUUCAUGCCCUGUUCUGGAUAUACUGGUGCAUUUUUACGUGAUGUCCCUGAUGAAUCCGUAUGUCCAUGGUUUCGUGGUCCUUCACUGUUGGAACUUCUGGAUUCCCUCCCUGGUAUAACGCGAAAAAUUGAUGGCCCACUUAGGAUCCCCAUAUCCGACAAAUACAAGGAUAUGGGAAUUUUUGUUACCGGAAAAAUCGAAUCUGGCACCGUCGUCCGCGGGCAAAGUGUCGUGUUACUACCAAAUAAAUUGAAUGUUGAGAUAGCACAAGUAAGUGUACCGUGCUGUAAUCAUUAUAAUAUUGGCUUAAUAAAUUUUACAGGCCGUGGUUGA